GCUCCCCCUGUUGGUCAGCUGACCGUCGGCCGGUCUGCUGACAGUCAAACCGCUGAAGCUCGCACCUUGACCCGGACGUCAGCAUCGCCAGGCCGAGCCCGGUCUUUGUGUCCCCAGUACCGGAGCCCCUGACCGGGAUUGGUUUCCUGACGUGCCCCGCUGUCAGCGGGAGACCGGAUCGUUGGCCUAAAUCAAGCCGAGCUCGGCGCACACAGAGUCAGACUCUCAUUGCGCUGCUCCGACUGAUCCCGCUCCGAGGCCGGUCAGCUGGUCGACUCUAUCACGAUCCUCCGUGACCCCCAGCCGGCCCUCAGCCCCGGCGGCCCCCGCUGACCGCCAUGGCCCUGCUGGACCUCGCCAUGCAGGGACUCGCCGUGUUCGGCUUCAUCCUGUUCUUCGUGCUGUGGCUCAUGCACUGCAUGUCCAUCAUCUAUGUGCGUCUCCAUCUCCACAAGAAAAGGUCAGAGGUCAAACAGUCCUUUGUGCAGCUGGCAGGAGUUUCUUUGCUGAAGCCGCUGAAGGGUGUUGACCCGAACCUGAUCUCCAACCUGGAGACCUUCUUCACACUGGAUUACCCCAAGUAUGAGAUCCUGCUGUGUGUUCAGGAUCAGGAUGAUCCAGCUGUUGACGUCUGUAAAAAGCUGUUGGGCAAAUAUCCGAACGUCGACGCUCGAUUGUUCAUCGGGGGGAAGAAAGUCGGAAUCAACCCCAAGAUCAACAACCUGAUGCCGGGCUACGAAGGAGCCAAGUACGGCCUGGUGUGGAUCUGUGAUAGCGGCAUCAGAGUGAAACCCGACACCCUGACAGAUUUGACCAAUCAGAUGACAGAGAAGGUGGGAUUGGUCCACGGGUUGCCGUAUGUUGCCGACCGCCAAGGCUUUGCUGCCACACUGGAGCAAGUGUAUUUCGGGACGUCCCACCCACGCUCCUACAUCUCGGCCAACGUGACGGGGAUAAAGUGUGUGACGGGGAUGUCAUGUCUAAUGAGGAAGGACGUGCUGGAUCAGGCCGGCGGAUUGGUCGCCUUCGCUCAGUACAUUGCUGAAGAUUAUUUCAUGGCUAAAGCUAUCGCAGACAGAGGCUGGAAGUUCUCCAUGGCAACACAGGUGGCACUGCAGAACUCAGGGUCGUAUUCCAUUGGCCAGUUUCAGUCCCGCAUGAUCAGGUGGACAAAGCUGAGGAUCAACAUGCUUCCGGCCACCGUGUUGGAGCCCGUGUCUGAGUGCUUCCUGGCCAGCCUCAUCAUUGGCUGGGCUGCUCAUCAUGUGUUCAGGUGGGACAUGAUGGUCUUCUUCAUGUGUCACUGUCUGGCCUGGUUCAUAUCUGACUACAUCCAGCUGACUGGAGUUCAGGGCGGCCCUCUGUGCUUCUCAAAGCUGGACUUCGCCGUGGCAUGGUUCAUCAGGGAGUCGAUGGCGGUUCAGAUCUUCCUGUCAGCUCUCUGGGACCCGACCAUCAGCUGGAGAACCGGUCGCUACAGGCUGCGCUGCGGCGGCACCGCAGAGGAGAUCCUCGACGUCUAGUUACCACAGCAACUGGUUGCACCUUCAUCCUCCUCCUCCUCUCCUCCUCCAUCAUAGGAGGAUGGGGGAGGGGGGGUUGAGAAAAAGAGACUGAUG